AAUGUCAAACGUUAUAUUGUCAACAGCAAAGGAAGGUGCUUCAAUCGUCUGUCUAUAACUUCUCGUGUUAUCGGUGUUAUUCUUCGACCAAUGUUGUUUCUUUUCUUUCUGAAUAGCAAUAAAAACAAUUAACCAAUAGCAUAGAAUAAACAAGACUGUUCUCUUGGGCUUUCAAUACCAAGAUUAACAAAAUAUCAGCAUCAUGAGUAUGCGACCAGAUGAUCAUCGUCGAAAAUGGGACAAAGACGAAUUCGAAAGAAUAGCUGCCGAGCGGUUGAAAGCCGAAAUAGAAGAAGAGGAACGAGCCAAAAAGAAAGUUCCGCCAGUUAAGAGGGAGCUACUCAAACAACGCGACUACAAAGUCGAUCUCGACUCAAAGCUUGGCAAAAGUGUCGUGAUCACAAAGAACACUCCAACUUCCCAGUCUGGAGGUUACUAUUGCGAUGUUUGUGAUUGUGUUGUCAAAGACUCCAUAAACUUUCUGGACCAUAUCAAUGGAAAGAAACAUCAAAGGAAUCUUGGCAUGUCCAUGAAGAUUGAAAGGAGUUCAUUAGAUCAGGUUAAAGCUCGUUUUGCAAUGAACAAACGUAAACUGGAAGAAAAGAAGCGUGAGUACGAGUUGGACACUAGGCUAAGGGAGGCAGCAGAAGAGGAGGCCAGGGUUAAAGAACAGCGCCGUGAAAGGCGUCGGGAUAAGAAGCGUAAGUUGAUGGAGUCUGAGGAACCAGAAGACACCCCAGCUCAGUCAGAACUAGCUCAGAUCAUGGGAUUCUCUGGAUUCGGAGGCACCAAGAAAUGACCAACAUUAGCUUUAAUUUAGUCAUAAUUAAAAAAGUGAUCCACAUUUGAAGUUUAGUAUUGCUACGUAUUUUUAAUUAUUUUAAGGUUGCUUGUGCAGAGAACCUCAACAUUUUAGGUGUCAAUUGAGUUUCUUAGAAUAAUAUGACCUCAUCUUAAAAGUGAUGCUUGGACGUCUAUAGAUAUUAUUCAAUAGUUAUUAACCCAACAAACAUUUUUUGUACACUUUUGUAAUUUUAGAUUUAAUGAAUUGUUCACAGAAUAAUAUGAGUAAUAAUAAAUAUGUUGCAAGUAC